AGUAACCCUGGACCCGACCACGUCCUGCCCAUCUCUGGUCCUCUCCCUGGACUAACCUCUGUCCAGCUGGGAAAGGAGAGGAUCCAGAUCCAGCCUGCUAACCCGGAGAGAUUUGACCCGAUCGACUGCGCUCUGGGCUGGGAAGGAUUCAGUGCCGGCACCCACUGCUGGACCGUGGAGGUUGGAGAGAGCAGCAACUGGACAGUUGGUGUGGCCAGCCAAUCUGUGCGUAGGAGGGAGGAGUUUGAGGCGUGUCCGGAGGAGGGGCUAUGGACCCUCAGCCUACGGAAUGGGACUUACCGUGCCAUGACCACACCCUGUACCACCCUCCCUCUGGCCUGGUCCCGCCCCUUUCACAGGAUCAAGGUGUUUCUGGACUGGGAGGAGGGUCAGGUGGAAUUCUGGGAUGCGAUGAGGGACAAACUCCUGUUCACCUUCACGCACCGCUUCACAGAGACGCUGUAUCCGUACUUCCAGAGCAGCUGUUCUAAGUGCUGGCUAGUGGUGUUACCCCAGAGAGUGUGUGUGGAGGUAGAGCUAGAUCCUAUCCCUGGGGAUGACGAUGGAGACCAGAUCCCACACGACGGAUCAUCCAAUGAGGGAGAGGAUACCGAGACUAGAUCCACUGACGACAGCAAGCUGACAGGAACCGGAUCCCCUGUUGAAGCCCAGAUCCCAAUGACCGGAUCUCCCAAGAUCUCAACCACUGACCAGAACCAAGAGACAAGAUCCCCUGACAAACGCGUCAAACACCGGAUCCGCUCAAAGGAUGGGCCGGAUCCCAAAGACUAAAUCCACCGGAAAGGGAAAGAUCCCACAGACUGGAUCCGCUGUUCAGAAGCAGAUCAAAAACACCAGAUCCAAUGGAAGCUACCACAUCACGAAGGAUAGGCCGCUAGUCCAGGUCAGGAGGACAGGAUCCACUGAGAGAUCCACUGAGGGAUCCACUGAGUGAUCCACUGAGUGAUCCACUGAGUGAUCCACUGAGAGAUCCACUGAGGGAUCCACUGAGAGAUCCACUGAGUGAUCCACUGAGAGAUCCACAAGCAACAACACAGAGAUCAAGUUGCCCUGCAGCUCAGCCCAGAUCAUCCAACACACAAGAGAUCACCCAACACAGACUAGAUCCCCUACCUCCACAGACUAGAUCCCCUACCUCCACAGACUAGAUCUCCUACCCCCACAGACUAGAUCUCCUACCUCCACAGACUAGAUCCCCUACCUCCAUAGACUAGAUCCCCUACCUCCACAGACCAGAUCUCCUACCUCCAUAUAUUUGAUCUCCUACCUCCACAGACUAGAUCUCAUAGAUGCUGACAUUGGCUAGAUCACCUAACACUCUAUAUUUUAGAUCUCUUACAAGCAUUUAUGUGUAAUGUUGUAAUACACAGUGUAUUAUAGUGGAGGUAAUGUUGUAAUACACAGUGUAUUAUAGUGGAGGUAAUGUUGUAAUACACAGUGUAUUAUAGUGGAGGUAAUGUUGUAAUACACAGUGUAUUAUAGUGGAGGUAAUGUUGUAAUGCACAGUGUAUUAUAGUGGAGGUAAUGUUGUAAUGCACAGUGUAUUAUAGUGGAGGUAAUGUUGUAAUGCACAGUGUAUUAUAGUGGAGGUAAUGUUGUAAUACACAGUGUAUUAUAGUGGAGGUAAUGUUGUAAUACACAGUGUAUUAUAGUGGAGGUAAUGUUGUAAUACACAGUGUAUUAUAGUGGAGGUAAUGUUGUAAUACACAGUGUAUUAUAGUGGAGGUAAUGUUGUAAUACACAGUGUAUUAUAGUGGAGGUAAUGUUGUAAUACACAGUGUAUUAUAGUGGAGGUAAUGUUGUAAUACACAGUGUAUUAUAGUGGAGGUAAUGUUGUAAUACACAGUGUAUUAUAGUGGAGGUAAUGUUGUAAUACACAGUGUAUCAUAGUGGAGGUAAUGAAGCAUCUGUUCUCCCAGUGUAAUGUGUUUUGAAUAAAGAACAAAUAAAGAA